CCGAGAAACAUCAGUUUCAGUGACAGACGGAGAACAUGAUAUUAGCUUGAAGUGAAGAAGAACAAAUUUAAUUAUUUAUUUAUUUGUGUUAUAAUUUUUUGCUUUUUAUUUAUUGUUUCUUUUUAUGUGUUUCGUGCAACUGUCAAUGCGCCAAAUUUUUCUAGAAAAUAUCAUUGAAUCACACCAUACAAUGCAGCUAGUUGUCAAUUAGUUGUGAAAGAAUUUCCAUCUACGCAAAAAAAAAUUGUUGUGGUUUUUCAUAUGCAAAUGUAUUAUCUCGUGAACAUAAUUUGUUUAUGAACGGAAUAGCGAAAAAAGGGAGAGAAUUAACCGAUGCUAUCAUUGAAUGUAAUUGAAAAAGGAAUAAUCUGCCGUACAAUUAAGUGCAUGCGUGCCGUUUACUGUCUUCGUGUUUACAUUUGCAUUUUAAUCGGUUUUUGUUAGUAGCAACAACAUUAGAUCUAAGAACAAAAACGUAAUUGAAAAUCGUUACGUUUGGUGCUGAGAACAAAUAGAAAAUUCAGAAGCAACAUUGGUUGCAUUGAAUGCGAAUGGCUGCUGACAGACGUGAUAUUCAGCCAACGGGUAGCUUUUUUGUUGGCGAAAUCGACCAUGAGGAAAUCAAACAUAUUGAGGUAGUUGGAAAGGGAGCCUUCGGAACAGUAUACAAGGCGAAAUGGCGAGACAAUUUCGUUGCCGUUAAGUACAUUGAACCAGAAACAGAACGAAAUGCGUUUAGAAUCGAGUUACGACAAUUAUCUCGUGUAUCACAUAUAAAUAUUGUGGCUCUUUACGGUGCUUGCACCAAAAAACCUCACGUUUGCUUGGUGAUGGAAUACGCAGAAGGCGGUUCACUGUACAAUGUACUGCACGGCAAUCCUCGAAUACCAUACACAGCAGCACAUGCCAUGAGUUGGGCCAGACAAUGUGCCGAAGGUGUUUCAUAUUUACACGCGAUGCGACCGAAGCCGCUGAUCCAUAGAGACUUAAAACCACCAAAUCUAUUACUCAUCGAUCAAGGGAGAGUGCUGAAAAUUUGUGACUUUGGAACAGUUACCGAUAAAGCAACUUUAAUGACAAAUAACAUGGGCAGUGCGGCUUGGAUGGCACCAGAGGUGUUCGAAGGAUCAACAUAUACGGAAAAAUGUGAUGUAUUCAGUUGGGGGAUAAUUUUAUGGCAGGUGAUAUCUCGUGAGCAACCGUUUAAGAAUAUCGAAUUAGCGUUCGGCAUAAUGUGGAGUGUGCAUAAAGGUGAUCGGCCGCCGUUAAUAGAGGGAUGCCCGAAGCCAAUUGAAGAGUUGAUGACAAGCUGUUGGGACCCAUCGCCCGAAAAACGACCUUCGAUGGAAUACGUAGUGGAAAUAAUGCGCAUUUUAUGCGAAUAUUUUCCGGGUGCCGACGAACCAUUAGAUUAUAGCAAAAUAGAAGAUAAUUAUGACACGGUCAGUCAGCAGCAUAUCUUGGACACAAACCAAAGCAAUGCAUGGAUGUACACCGAUGAGCUACCAUCACAGACACAAUCCAAUCGAAGCAGUUUAGUAAUGACAACGACCAGUUUGCCGGUACAACCGUUUCAAUCGCGCGAUGAAAUUGAAUCGUCAAUCAAAGAAUUUUCAAGGUUAUGGCCUUCACAAACGCAAACUGUGCAUCCGCAUACAUCGAUUGGAUUCAACGAUUCACGAAAUUGUACCAUUGCAUCGGGUGAUAUCAAAAAUGAUAACUAUUUGAACGGUGCACUGGUUUCGGGCGGCAUUCCAUUGGCUCCAUUAACAUUGGAAACUGAACGGAAUGCAUGGGAUUUGCCAUCAUCAGCGGCUGAAAAUCAACAUCCCAAUAGCCAAACCAAUGAGAGAUUGACAGCUACUGAUACCAGAUCGAGUGCAAUUGCAUCGUCUUCAAGCAACACGCGUACUCUCAUCGGUAAUGUAAUCAAUACAGCAAAUCCAACGACAUUUAGAAACUCAAAAAAGCCCCCACCAAGAGAGAACUUCAAUGGUAGUGGCGAACAGAAGAAAAUGGGAGCGAAUGCCACAGUCGAUGAGGAUGACUUAGAUGCUCAUGUUCAUCUGAUGCUCGAGCCACAUUUAAGACCUGCACCGCCCGACCCAAAUAGUGAACUGUCUAAGCAAAUAUUUGAAGAGCAUAAACAACUUGCCAAGGAAUAUUUGAAGAUUCACACUGAAAUAGCCUAUGUUACCAAACAUCGAGAUGAGAUACUCUCGCGGAUGGAACCCAAGGAACGGCAAGAACGACUGGAUAUUUGCAAUAAACUAAUGGAAAAGGAGGAACUCUUGAAAUUCCAAGCAAAUCUCAAACGACAACUUGAACUGAUCAGAAUGAAUUCGAGACCUCCACCGGUCAAUGUUCCCGCUCCGCCAGCGUCAAACUCAUCUCAGGCAUCAUUCAAUAGGCAGAACAGUAAUACAAGCACCAAUGUGGCCAACGAAGAUGGAUGGGUUUUAGUUCCAUCGCAUAACGAAUCUGAUGCAUGAAGCAUGGACUGCUAGAGACUAGAGACUUAUCUCAUCUGUAACAAUAAUCGUAUGAAUGAAAUGGACAUUCGACACCCUAUCGUGGGAGUGUCAUUGUGCUCGUAUUGAGUGCUCGUUGCUUCCAAGUUCGAAGGUCGGCGAACAAAAUGGUCGAUAUGUGUGAUAAAACUUCUAUGACAAAAACCAUUUGUGGUUUCAAUAACUUUGUUGUUGACUGUAAUUUAUCUCUGUAUUUUAUAAGUUAUUAAAUAUCGUAUGAAUCUUUUAUUCUAAUGUCAACGAAUUUUUAUGCCAUUAAUUAUAUAAAUUAUAUUAAAAUCCAAUGGAAAAAUAAUCGAAAAGAUUAAAUAAAAUCCAAAUAAUAAAAA